AGGUGCUCGCUAAGAAAGGAUUUUUUUGAAAUGACCAUCCGAUCAUUAGUAUUACUUAUACAGUAUUAACACGCUCUGAUCUUAAGGAGUUAGACAUUCUGCUCCUCCUCCCCACCUGAGAAGAACUCUGUUCCAACUGCCAGUUGCCUCACAUUCCGUUACCUCAGUUCAAACCAGCAGACGUUCCACUCCUUUGCUCAGAAGCGGUCUGGGGCUCCUUACAGUACUAAACAUCGGUAUCCCACCAAAAUGUCUACGCCUUCCACCUAUGGAACUGCUUCCGGACUCAAGAUGGCGGGAGAGAUAUUCCCUUACGAGUUUCAAUCACCGACCACCACUGAGCCAACAGAUUGUGAACCGAAUUUCUCCUGCAUAGUAUUCCAGCCCCAACUCACUUCAUACACAGACCCCCUCAAUCCAGACACAUCUGUUCCAUCUACUGUAACACCAGUGAAAGAGGGGAAAAAAGAGGGGGGAAAACGCAGGAAAAGAUUUACAGAUGCAAUUAGGAAAACACAAGUAAGGGAAGCUGCAAAAAAGUAUCGUCAAAGUCAUCCCGAAGUCAAUAGGCUGUAAAAAAGUAUGCAUCUAAUAACCGCUACGUUAAAUAUGAACCGCAGAAUGAUUGCUCCAGGGAAAAUGAUGUUGAUAUCAGACCAGUUUCCCUGUGCCUGGUGCCGUGCCCUGAAGUGGCAGGAUGAGACUCCCGGGAUGUGCUGCAGUGGCGGUAUUUCAGCCAUGCAGGAGGAGGAGGAGGAAUCGGAAGCAACCUCGGUAUCUUCUGGAGACAGUAGCCCCGCGACCCCAUCUGCCAAUGGCUAUCCAGGUCCCCAGAGCAAAGAACCCAAACUGGCCAUCGCUAUGGAACAGGUGGAUGAUGUUGGAGACGGAGGGCAGGAUCGCCUCAGCUCUUCCCAGGCUCCUAGCCCCGAAUGGCACGAAUGCCCUGAAUGUGGGCGUGGCUUUGGCACAUCUCGGGCCCUGAAGGUGCACCGUAGCUACCACGUGGGGCGCAAAAGGCCGCACAGUGGUGGUUCCUCUUCAACCAAGCCACCCGCACCUCCACUGACCUUGCCGGGAAAUCCUGACAGCCAGGAAGGGCGGACGGCCCUGACCUCCGGCCGGGGCAGAGCUUUCCACUACAUCUGUGCUGAGUGUGGCGUGGGCUUUACCUCUCCUGCCACGCUGGAGGGCCAUCGCUGCGAACACAGCUGGCGCCGAAGCCCUCCAGCCCCUCCUCGUAAUAAGCUUGCUCCAUCUCCUGCGCCCAGAGAGGCUAACGGGGAUCAGGGCACAGAUGGGGCUGAUGGACCAUACCACUGCACCGAGUGCCCAGGCGAAUUUGGCUUGGUAUCCGAACUUCAUGAGCACUACAUGCUCCAUGCUCGCGGAGAGCUGUAGAUCACUCUUCAGCCCUUCCCCCCUCCCCCCCUCCCAGCCCACUUCCAUUUCCCUGUUGUCAUAGGCGGCCCCUCUGCUAAAGGAUCUGUCCUGCUAGGAUACUCAAAAAGCGAAACCUCCUUUAUCUUUAGUUCCUUUAAAAAAAAAAAAGACAAGACACAUUUCUAUAUUUCUGAAAUGAAUUUAGCUUUGGAACGAGAGAGACAGACGUGACCUUGGGAGCGAUCGCUUUGGUAUCCCGCCUCCCUGGCGGUGAGUGCAGUGACUUAAAAGCCCAUCUGCAGGAAGUGAAGUCCCCGCCCCCUUCAGUGAUCUGCAUCUCACGGUCCCUAAAAUAUUUUAACACCCCCCCCCCCGCCCAACAGGACAUCCGGUUCAUGAACUUUCAUUAAAAGUAACACUAGCAGGAUUGCGCUCUGCAGGUCCGUUUCGUUAACAAGAACCAGGAUUUUCUUCAGCCAGACCCAUCCCAAAUGGGGAGAUGGUGUGCCCCCCCCCCCGAGUGAUAGAAAGCAAUGAAUUGGAAUCGCUUUGUCCUCGUGUGCGGAGAUCCUGCUUUCCCAGACAGUUCCUUCUCAAGUCAGGGUCCCGUUUUCAUUGUCAUCAUGUUGGCACCUGGGCGGCCCAUGCCGAAGUACAGAAGCUGUGUUCCGUUUGUGCGUGUGCGUGUUUGGCUUUUUAAGGAAGCAGCUCCUGGGAAUGGCACCCGAUCUGCCCCUAACUCACGAAUUCUAACAAUAUCUCUUCACGGUAAUUGGGAGAGAAUGGUUUAAUAAAAACGAUUCUGUAUGUA